CACACCCUGGCGUAUCCCCGCCUCCUGCGUAUAAAACAGCAAAACGGACCUUUUGCGCAGACAAGCAUCAUGUCGCCUCGAAACUUGAUCUUGACGUCCUUAUUGGUUGUCCUGGCAUCGGCGGCGUGGACGGCUCCAGUGGAGGACGCGGAGGAGGCAGAUCUCACCGAAGAGGCGGAGAACGACCUGUCGGAGGAGAACGAAGGUGACGACGACUCCGCAAAGAAAGAGGGACAUCCGGGCGCCGACCAGAGCGCGGCGGGCUCAUCGGGUGACCGGGCCGCCGCCGGAACGUCGGGUGGAACGACGGACACUUCGGCAGAUUAUGACUCUCGUUCAAACGCCGACGAACAGCGGCAGACGAACGGAAGGGGCGAAGCCUACGGAACGGCUACCGGGGUGAGUCACGCCGUGUUUUUGUCAGGCGGGCAGAUGUCAUUCCAGGGCGGAGCGUCUCAGGCGGAAUACAAAGGAACCGAGGAGACGCCGGAGCACCGCUUCCCGUUCCGACCGCCGGGUGAAGACAGUUUGACGGAGCCCGACGUCUUCGGCCGUGCGGAAGGAGGAGAGACCGCUUCGGAGCCGUCGCCCUCGACCGCCGUCCCGGAGAGCGCCCGCCGGGACACACCGUUGUCCUCGUCGCCGUCGUCACAACAAGCAAGCAGAGACCGGUCCCAAGAAAACGGAAACGGCCGACCAACGCAGCCGCCGGACAAAGACGGAGCGUCGGCCGGCCCGUAUCCUUUGGACGCCGUCCGUCUCCAGCCGACGGCGGCGAGUAUCCGGCCGAACGGUCCCACGCCGCCCCAUGCCGUCGCGGACCUUUCCGCUUCGACCCCGGAGAUGACCCGCCGGAGCGUCUACGGCACUGAGAAAUUGGCGCUGAUGCCCGGGAGGCUGGUGGUAGGCGCCCCGGCGCUUACGGCGACGGCGGAUACACCGACGUGGGGCGCAGAGACCGUUACCGUGGCCGCGGACUCACUUCUUUCAGAGCCAACCGGAACGUCCCUGAACCCAAGCGGCGGGCCGGCGUCCCGAGAGCCCCCGGAGGCAGGGUUGGCGCGCCGCCGGCCCGACCUGUCCUCCGCAGGCGGCUUCUCCCCCGCGUAUGGGUCGCGGAGUCAAGGUCCUGAAGGUGAGGCCGUCGAGGCGCGCGCCCGUACCCCCUCCCGAUAACGGCGUCGCGACCGCGUCGACAGCUGCAGAGAACGGCGACGCGGACGACACCUGCUGACUCGCCCCGCCGGCCUCGAGUGCGCCUCGCCCGCGGCCGUUUCCGAUGCGACGAGCGAUGGGCGCGCUCUUCCGGUCGCCCCUAGGCCCCGGCACCGCCCCGGCCGGCCUUUUGGCGCGGAAAUACUGAAGACGGAUGCAGUUUUCUCAUUUGUAUAAUCCACGUCUGCUCAACUUAAUUAAAAUAUCU